UAGCCCAGACGGGGAAACAAGAUGGCGGCGCUGCGGGCGAUCCGGGGGAUGGUGAACGGAGCUGUGUCCGAGCUGAGCGGCGGAGGAGGCGCGCGCGAACAGGCGGCCGCAGUGACCCGCGACUACCUGUCCCAACCCCGCCUCACAUAUAAGACAGUGUCCGGAGUCAAUGGACCACUAGUAAUCUUGGAUCAAGUGAAGUUUCCUAGAUAUGCAGAAAUUGUGCAUUUGACACUUCCUGAUGGAACGAGGAGAAGUGGGCAAGUGUUGGAAGUCAGCGGAUCCAAAGCUGUGGUCCAGGUUUUUGAAGGAACAUCAGGAAUUGAUGCUAAGAAAACAUCUUGUGAAUUUACUGGGGAUAUCCUUCGAACCCCAGUCUCUGAAGACAUGCUUGGGCGUGUGUUUAAUGGAUCAGGAAAGCCCAUAGACAGAGGUCCGAUGGUCUUGGCUGAAGAUUACCUUGAUAUCAUGGGUCAACCUAUCAAUCCUCAGUGUCGAAUUUACCCAGAAGAGAUGAUUCAGACGGGAAUUUCUGCUAUAGAUGGCAUGAACAGCAUUGCCAGAGGACAGAAAAUCCCCAUUUUCUCAGCUGCUGGCUUGCCCCAUAAUGAGAUAGCAGCUCAGAUCUGUCGCCAGGCAGGCUUGGUGAAGAAAUCCAAAGACGUGAUGGACUACAGCGAACAGAAUUUUGCCAUUGUGUUUGCUGCUAUGGGAGUGAACAUGGAAACUGCCCGGUUCUUCAAAUCAGACUUCGAGGAAAAUGGCUCCAUGGACAACGUGUGCCUCUUCUUGAACUUGGCAAACGAUCCAACCAUCGAACGCAUUAUCACACCUCGCCUUGCUUUGACCACAGCAGAGUUCUUGGCUUACCAGUGUGAGAAGCAUGUCUUAGUUAUCCUGACAGAUAUGAGCUCCUAUGCUGAAGCGCUGAGAGAGGUCUCAGCUGCCAGAGAAGAAGUUCCGGGCCGCCGUGGCUUUCCUGGUUACAUGUACACAGAUCUGGCCACUAUCUAUGAACGAGCUGGAAGAGUAGAAGGCAGGAAUGGGUCCAUUACUCAGAUUCCCAUUCUUACUAUGCCCAACGAUGAUAUUACCCACCCCAUCCCUGACUUGACGGGAUACAUUACAGAAGGCCAGAUCUACGUGGAAAGGCAACUGCACAACAGACAGAUUUACCCACCUAUCAAUGUACUUCCCUCUUUGUCUCGACUGAUGAAGUCUGCUAUUGGAGAGGGGAUGACCAGAAAGGAUCAUGCUGAGGUUUCAAACCAGCUGUAUGCCUGCUAUGCCAUUGGGAAGGAUGUUCAAGCCAUGAAAGCUGUUGUAGGGGAGGAAGCCCUUACUUCAGACGAUCUUCUCUAUCUUGAAUUCCUGCAGAAAUUUGAAAGGAACUUCAUUGCUCAGGGGCCCUAUGAAAACCGCACUGUUUACGAGACACUGGACAUCGGCUGGCAGCUGUUGCGCAUCUUCCCCAAGGAGAUGCUGAAGAGAAUCCCUCAGAGCACCCUGGCAGAAUUCUAUCCUCGAGACUCCACUGCAAAGCACUAGCCGCACCUUCUAGCUUUGUGAAAAUGCUGGUUUUUUUCUUCCCUUGUGUUGGUGUUUACUUGUCCUCCCUGUAAUUAAACCAAGAAUAAGUGACAUAUUUGUGCCAGUGUUGCUGAUGGGCUUAAACUGACAGAGUUUAAAAUAUACCCCCUUCUUAGACAGCUGGGUCCUGAAUGGUUUACAUUAGCAGGGGUGGCCAGGGGUUGGUCCAUCUUCACCAUUGCAUCAUACUAGCUCUGCCCGCUUGAUUUAUUGGGGCGACAUUUAGAAAUGCUUGAAGGCUGCAUUUUUGUUUGGGUAUUGGAACUGUGAACACUUGUCACAUGGAAAGGCUGAGUUGAGCAAGUAAAGGGGAAAAAUCUCUUCCUUCCUCAGGUCAUCCUGGUCCAUUCACAACUUUUUUCCAGACUGUCCUACAGUGUAGCAAAGAUUUGUUAUUCUAUAAGUAGCUGAAGGGAUGAGGAGGGGCAUCCAUAACACAGCAAGAUGAUUGCCGUGGCACAUUGAACUCACAGAUCACCGCUCGUUGCAAUUUUGGCUGAGAGAAUGCAGAGUGAUGAAGUUGCAAAUGUUUGUACGCCUGGUGCUUGUUCGGUAACAGUUGCAAGAUUCCUACCUCUUCGAUGAAUUUGGCUGGGAAGCCGCUGCUUGGACUGCCAGUUGAAUUGGUGCAACGAACCCUCUGUCAGCACUUUUUCUGAAUGGUAGCAUAGUAAGGGACACCCUGCACCUGUUCCCCUCAAUUCCCAAAUAGUUACAGCUGGAAUCCGGUGCUCAGAGUGGCUGUCCCCCACUGCUAAUAAACACUUAUCCUGAACAGUAUUAGUCUUCACAAUAUAAGCCCAUAAGGGCAGCUCAGUGCUGUCAGAUGCACACCACAAAAAAACCCCAAGGUCUGAACCUGGCAGGAGUAAUUCGUACCAAAUGAAGGGCAAGGGCAGCAUGAACGCGUGAGGGGACUAUUUUAAAUUCUGUUAAACAGCACUUUUAGGUGACACCGGGCUUUGAACCAUAUCUAGUCUUGGUUUGUGAUUUUAACCAACUUCCAAACUUGGAGCUGGCUAGCUGUGUUGAACUGGGCAAAAGAGCUUAAGUUCAUAGGUCGCUGACAUACACUUGCACGGCAUAGACUUCAAAGCUCAGGGCGAGUGGGAUUGCUGUAUCUUCCCAGCCUGCCUGCCAGGCUCUUCCAUGUGGCUCUGGUGAUCCAGGUUGCAAGCUGUUGGCCCACCCUCCUUGCUGAUAACCAGGAGCUGGCUCAAAAAGGUUUGUGAUGGCUCAGGUGGCGUAGAGUGCACCAGCUCCAGUAUCUCCCCCCCCCACCCUGACGCAGACCUUCCAGCUCUCUCCUAUGCAGAUCUUCCUCGUACUGUUUUUAGUCUGUGUGCUCCGUAACUUGGGUGCAAUCGCCUUUUUUGUUCUUUACUCUAGUGCAUUCCAUCGAAGUUGUGUCAAUUCUAUUUUUCUCUGGACGAAGGCGGGGGAUCGGGGGUGGGAGAUAGCAUGAGACUAUUUUAAUGUAGAAAAAAUGUGAUAUCUAAAUAAGUUAAACAUGGAAAAAUAAACAUCGAACAAAAUGAGUGUUCAUUGA